AAGUUAAACAUCUGGAAGAGUUUAACUCUGCUCUGGCUUCUCAGAGACGGUGAACACUGCAGACAAAGACAACAUGUCCUUCAUCAAAGUGGACCCAAACUGUGAUUUCUCCUUCCAGAACCUUCCCUAUGGAGUCUUCUCCACAUCUGACAAUCCCAGACAUCGUAUCGGUGUUGCCAUUGGAGACCAGAUCCUGGACCUGAGUGUAAUCAUGUCUCUGUUCAUUGGACCGGUGAUGUCCAAACAUCAGGAUGUCUUUCAGCAGCCCACUCUGAACGCCUUCAUGGCUCUUGGUUUUGAGGCUUGGAGGGAGGCCAGGAAGACGUUGCAGAUGCUGCUGUCAGCCAAUGAGAGCACGCUGAGAGAUGAUGUCAGCCUCCGAAGCAGAGCCUUCGUCCAUCAGAGUGCAGCCACAAUGCACCUUCCUGCAGAUAUCGGUGAUUACACUGAUUUCUACUCAUCCAGAGACCACGCCUCCAAUGUUGGAAUCAUGUUCAGAGGGAAGGAGAAUGCUCUGAUGCCAAACUGGUUGAGGCUUCCUGUGGGGUACCAUGGAAGAGCUUCAUCAGUGGUGGUUUCUGGGACCCCCAUUCGCCGUCCUCUGGGCCAGAUGAGACCAGAUCAAACGAAGCCUCCGGUGUUCGGCCCAUCGAAGCAGCUGGACAUUGAGCUGGAGAUGGCAUUCUUCAUUGGAGGAGGAAACCGUCAGGGGGAGCCCAUUCCCAUCAACAAUGCCCAUGAACACAUCUUUGGCAUGGUGCUCAUGAACGAUUGGAGUGCUCGGGACAUCCAGGCUUGGGAGUACGUUCCUCUUGGACCUUUCCUGGGGAAGAACUUUGGGACGACCAUCUCCCCGUGGGUUGUCCCAAUGGAGGCACUUCUACCUUUUGCAGAACCCAACCCGGUCCAGGACCCUGAACCACUGCCGUACCUGCAGCAUCAUGAUGCGUACACCUUCAACAUUAACUUGUUUGUGGCUCUGAGGGGCCAGGACAUGACUGAAGCUGCCAACAUCUGCAGUUCCAACUUUAAAAACAUGUACUGGACCAUGAAGCAGCAGCUGGCCCACCACACAGUGAAUGGCUGCAACGUUCGGCCAGGAGACCUGCUGGCUUCUGGUACCAUCAGUGGACCGAGUCCAGAGAGUUUUGGCUCCAUGCUGGAGCUGUCAUGGAGAGGAUCUAAGAGCGUUGAUCUUGGAGAAGGAAGAACAAGAACGUUCCUGAAUGAUGGAGAUGAAGUCAUCAUCACAGGUUUCUGUCAGGGCGACGGCUUCAGGGUGGGCUUCGGAAGCUGCCGGGGGACCAUCCUUCCGGCUCUGCAGAACUGACACUCUUCUCCUGCAGAGAACGUCUCCUGCUGAUGUUUCAUGUAAAAUCCUGAUUUUAUAAUAAAAUAAAGCAUUUAAAUGUCA